AAGUUCAGCAUUUUCAUGGCUGUCUCCUUCCAUCUUAUUUUCUUUGACCUCUAUAAGCGCCCAGUAAGCUAUCUAUCUGUAAGUUUAGAUAUUCGUUUUAUUGCGUUACGCUCAAGCAUCCACCAAAACCAAAAAAUAUAUAUUAAUUAGAGCAGAUAAGUCGGAAAAAAACAUCUUCGUUGCUUCUUCUUCGGACAAAAGAGGAAGGCGUUGACUAAUUCUCCAGAUGUGCUCUGGUUAAAGUUGGUGGUUUUAGUCUCUAAAAGAUUCAAUUCAGAUGGAGCCUCCAAAAGGAUUUCGAGCUUCUUUGUUGCAAUUCUUUAUAUUCCUUCCCUAUUUCAUUGGAUUGCUGUUUCUGGGUGUUAUCAAAGGUAUCGUUUUGUGUCCACUCGUAUGCCUCGUUGUGACAAUAGGCAACUCUGCAGUCAUACUAAGUCUUUUGCCCGUUCACAUCGUUUGGACUUUCUAUUCAAUAGUGAGAGCCAAACAAAUAGGACAGAUCUUGAAGUUCUUUCUAUGCUUAUGUUUCCCUGCCGCCAUCAUUCUCUGGCUAGUUCUUGGUAUUUUAGCAAGUCUUCUUGGAGGAGCUUUAUACGGUUUCCUCUCCCCUAUAUUCGCCACCUUUGACGCCGUUGGAGAGGGCAAGCCUUACCCUUUUUUCCAUUGCUUUUACGAUGGAACUUGGAGCACCCUCAAGCGGAGCUUCACCGUCGUCCGCGACUUCAAAGACGUGUGCUUCCACUCCUACUUCUCGCUAAUGGAUGAGCUUAGAACAUGUUGCCCUGAUCAGAAACAUUAUGAGAUAAGGCUGCUUCAACUUCCAGGGGCUAUGAUAGUUUCGGCUCUCGGGAUUCUUGUUGAUCUACCGGUGAUCACACUCGUAGCCAUAUGCAAAAGCCCUUACAUGCUCUUCAAAGGAUGGCACCGUUUGUUUCAAGAUCUCAUCGGACGCGAAGGUCCUUUCUUGGAGACGAUGUGUGUCCCCAUCGCGGGGCUAGUGAUCUUGCUCUGGCCCUUGGCUGUCGUGGGCGCGGUUCUUGGUUCAGUGGUCUCUAGUAUCUUCCUCGGUGCUUAUGCAGGAGUAGUCUCGUAUCAAGAAUCGUCUUUUUACUAUGGACUAUGCUUUGUUGUUGCCGCUGUGUCCAUCUACGACGAGUAUAGCACAGAUAUACUUGACAUGCCUGAAGGAUCUUGCUUCCCAAGGCCUAAGUAUCGAGAAAAAGAAACCGAAUCAACGGCUUUUUCGGGUCCUAUACCAAGAUUAGGCUCUCUCAAGAACACAGCUUCAACAAGAGAUGGAUCAGUUAAAGUCCCUAUGAUUGAUAUUAAGCCUCUCGACCUCUUGGAUGAUCUAUUUGUGGAAUGUAGGAAGUUUGGUGAAGCUUUGGCGAGUAAAGGGCUAAUAAACUCGAAAGAUAUCGAAGAGGCCAGGUCUAGUAAAGGCAGCCAAGUGAUCAGCGUUGGCUUACCAGCUUAUGCACUUCUUUACGAGAUUCUACGCUCUGUCAAAGCCAAUACUACCGGCUUGUUACUCAGUGACGGUGUAACAGAACUAACUACCAAGAACCGACCAAAGGAUGCUUUCUUUGAUUGGUUUCUGCAUCCGUUUUUGAUACUAAAGGAGCAGAUGAAAGCUACAAACUUGUCUGAGGAUGAAGAAGAGUAUCUCGGGAGAUUGGUGUUGCUUUAUGGAGACUCAGAGAGGCUCAAGAACUCGUAUGCUGAUUCUGCUUCCCCUACUCUCACAGAGCGUAAAAGAGCUGAGCUUGACGCCUUUGCUCGCAGGAUUAAUGGGCUAACGAAAACAGUAUCAAGGUAUCCAACCUUCCGUAGACAUUUUGUGUGUUUAGUGAAGAAACUAUCAGAGGACUUGGACCUGAAGGAUGGCGGCUCGGCAAAGGAGGAAGGGUCUAUAACGGAAGCGCCUGCUCCUGCUAAAAUAUUUUCUAGGAUGUUCAGUAAGAGUCAAAGAUCGUUCAGAAGAAAAGGGAGUAUCAAUGGAUCCGAUCAAGAAACACGGAAGGGUGUUUCAAGAAGUGUACAUAUCGUUUAAUCAUGCAUGGGAUAUGUGGUGGUGGAUGUUUGGAAACGUAAGGUCUUUUACUCUUUGUUCGACAAAAAAAUGGUUGUUACUUGUAAAGAUUGUUCAGACAGAUUGUUUUGAUUUGUAGAAGAGUGUUUGUUUUCGGACAAGAAACUGGAACUUUAGUGCACUGGUAGAACUACAAAUGCAUCAAUAAAAACAUCACUGAUUUGUUAAAUA